AUGAUUCGACACUCGAACGCAGUAAACGUUUCUGAACUCUUUCCGGGGACAACGGAGCCGAUAUUGCAGCCUGACGUGGACGACAACAACAGGAAAUUGAAGGCCGAGGUACAGAAGGAAAUGCAUGAUGUGGUAAAGACAUUCCAUACAAUCCUCAAAGACGAAAUCAAAGGGCUGCAAACGCAACUCAAGAACAUUGAGGCACUUCCUCCCACUCGCACGCAGCAGGUGCUCUUGGACGAGUGCUUGCAAAAGCCAGAUAAAACUGAGCAACUAACGGUGGGCGAUGGGGUUGACCUUCAAGAUAACAAUGGAAGCUCCACUUCAGGACGAGGGGAUCCGGUUCCGCCUGCUUCCUACACUGUCGAGGAACAGCCGUCGCACCCGUAUGGCUCUGUUCUGAACCCCCAACCGCCCCAGCCCAUGAUGGAGAUUCGUCCGUAUCAGGCUGAGGCCGGAACGGCGACGUGUGCACAUGGGCCGACGGUCCAACAAAAUGAGAGCGCAGUGAACCCUGACCACUCGAAUGUGAUUCGGAUCGAGCCUGCUAACGAAAGGCGCAGCUCGCACCUCGUUCACAAUCGCGCCUCAUCAGCUGGAGGAAAAGAUGCCAUUGGCGUCCCGCUCGGUUGUGCGUUCGAUACUGGAUUGGGUCAUGACCCGAUUCAAGAACGCUACAGGUCCAAGUCUCUUGGAGAACCCAACUAUGUUCAGCCAGGUUCGGUUGGCGAUUCGUUCGGAGGCGAGCCGUCUGUGCAAGACCACUACGUUCCUGAGCCUCGUCAUGCAUUGUCUCCGUAUGAUGCAAGGGGGACUCUGGCCGGCAAAAGCUCUUGGCCUGCCCCCAGCAGCUGGGUGUCUUCGAAUGCAUUUCUCCCAUCCGGUGAAGAUAUCAGGCGAACGGAGCAUGCAGCUCUCACAGAAUCGGCAAUGCCUACGCAUGUGGAUGCACACACUGGCAAUCGUCCAGUGACAGUGAGGCCUUGGGAAUCCAAGGUGGAGUCUUCACAAUCUGCCGGCUCACACAAUGCAUUCACCAACGCACCCGAUCCCAUGACCCUGUACGGAGAUGGCAGCCGCCCUAAUGCACCUCAACAGAUCCGGGGAACUGACAGCGGUCCGUGGCAAUACAUGGUCCAGGAAGACUGA